GUUCAUUCAGGUUGUUUUAGAAUGAAGCAUUUCGCUUUCUGAGGACCGGGUGGUUUAUUAAAAUUGUGUAUUUUGUCCAAAAUCAUUAGUUUUAAUGUGCGAUUGAUCAUUGAAUUUCAUUAUUUUCUGGGAUCGUUACUUGAGUUUGUGAGACUUAACAACAGAAUCCGGUGGGGUCAAUUUCCAUCUUCAGCAUGAUACGGGACGAGUCACCCAUGUCGGAUGCCGGUGGUGGACGCCGUGGGUUGAAGCGCAGGUCAGGCGAUCAAGUCAUCAAAGGAAAUGUUCCUGUACUGGCUGAUAAUUACCGGCGGGUGACACGAUUAUCGGUAAAGAAAGCAAAACUUGAAGAGGAGCGAUUGUCCCCAUCUCAGACUGAAAAUGUCCCCUCGAGUUCCAUUGCGAGUCCAAUGGCCGUCACUGGUCCGAGCUUCGGCACUCCAACCACAAGAAUAAGGCGCAAUGUGUCUGCCAUUCCCAAGUCAACCCCCGUAGAAUCCACCCCUAGACGCCGAUCUAUACGCACUCCAAAAACCACCCCGAACAGUAAUGUUUCAAUGAAAACGAAACAAACAAUCAGGAAGAGAUUAAUCCAAACGGAUGUCAUUCACCAAGUGACGAGUCCAAGUCCUGCAGAAAUUAAUGUCCCUUCGGUACCCAUUGAGUACGCUGAAGAUGAUGCCAAUCGUGUCAGUACUGCUACUCAUUCAAACAUUGAUGAUAAGGAUGAUAACGAUUCAGAUUUAUUAAAACCCCUUGAGGAAUCGAAAGUCUCUGCCCCGAAUGAAAAUAAUACAUCACACAAUGGUCAUCCAUCUGACCCCCUUGAACAGCAUUCCGAAAUUCGAUUGGACGCAGCCGUUACGCAGAAAUUUACUAAUAACCUCAGUUUGAACGUUCCCAAAAAGGAUUUUCUAACCCCCGGACCACCACCUCCAUCUCCAGCAACUCCACUCGAAAACAUGUCUGAUUUUCACUUGUGCCCUACACAUUCAGUGGACUUUGAUACGAUGAUAAACGAGAGCAAUGCAAUGAACGAUAAUACAAAUACAUACGAUGUGAGGGAUCCUUUGGAGGAUCCGUCAUGCAAUAAUGAUGAAGACGUCACUUUUGAAGACUUGAUCAAGGUGAUUGAUGACAAUGAGAAUUAUUGCAUGAGGAUAUACGAUAGGAAUCCCUGGAACGAGUACAUUCUACUGGGCGAAGAAAAUUUACCACAAGGCAUCCACGUACAAGAUGCACCAACACAAAUGUCACAAGACCUUGAAAACUUCUUGGAAACGAUGAGGAUGACUCCAAUUUUAAAUCCUGAAGAAAUCCAGUCAGUUUUAGGAGUCAAUUUGUAUUUAUCUCCCGAAACACACUUCGAGUGCGACCGAUGUUCCCAGAAAUUUCAAACGAGUGAAGCAUGUCAGGAACACAUCGAGAGUGGCUGCGAAAUCAACUUGGUGGGCACGUCCGUUGGAAUGGCUUUAGCUUAUGGCGAGUAAUAUCAGUACACAAUAUGCAUCAUCAAUAUGAGACUUUUACGCAUUUUACUUUCGCAACUUUUUUUUUACUAACUAAACGAAUCAACUAAACUUCGCAAGAUUUUAAUUCCAAAACAUACUUUUUACUAUAAUGAUUAAUUCGUCAGUGUAUUGCCAGCGAAUUGGUAAUCAGUUUCUACGAUUUUAUGGAUUGAUAACUGUGUGACAUAUUUUAAUUGAUUAAUUAAUAGUGAACACGCAUGUACAAUCGUAACCAAAUUUUUAGGCAACAAUAAAUUCAACUAAAUAUAGUAAUAACUUUUACAGCACCAAAA